GCUAGCGCGGGGCGUUCGCGUCGGCAUGGCGGCCGCGCUGGGCCUCCGGCUGGGCGGCCGGCUCCGCCCCUUGGUCGCCCGCUGUGGGUUCGCGACCCGGGGGGUGGCGGGCCCCGGUCCCGGCCCCCUCGGCCGAGAGCCGGACCCCGAUUCCGACUGGGAGCUGGAGGAGGAGCGGGAGCUACAGGAGGUGCUGAGUACCCUGCAAAGACAGAGAAAAGCAAUGCGAUUCCAGAAAAUUCGGAGGCAGAUGGAGGCGCCCGGUGCCCCACCCAGAACCCUCACGAGGGAAGCCAUGGAGCAGAUCCGGUAUUUGCACGAGGAAUUUGCAGAGUCCUGGUCAGUUCCCAGAUUGGCAGAAGGCUUUGACGUCAGCACUGAUGUUAUCCGGAGAGUUUUGAAAAGCAAAUUUGUGCCCACUUUGAAGCAGAAACUGAAGCAGGAUCAAAAAGUCCUUAAGAAAGCUGGGCUUGCCCUCCCUGCCUGGCAGCGCCCCGGCUCUGGACACAGCUUGCCGCCAUGCAGAGCGGGUUCUUUGCUUAUUCCGGGGGAUGAAGCCUCAGCCACAAGUCAGAGUCACCACACCGCCUUGGAAAUGAUAGCGUCCCCCGCUCACAGCAAAGACUCUCCCAGGAGACAGAAGGGGGGGAGUCAGGGAGUGCAGGGCCUGCGGAAGGAGAGCGAGGUUCCCUGCACCACAGCCUCGGGUCAUCGGAGAGAACUGCAGAAAUGCCCCCGCAGUGACCCUGAGGACUCCACGCCUGACGGCAGUAGGUGGCCAAACAGGGACAGGAUGCAGGAGUUGAAGGCAGGGGAGCCAGAUGGCCAGAACUUCAGCCCUAAAGUUGUACAGAGGGGGCAGGAGUUCUAUGAUAGCAAUGGGAACUUCCUGUACAGAAUUUGAGCUGGGACUAGCUUUGGCAUUGACCUGGGCAACUGGCAGGAUUUUUGCCUAUGAAUUGGCCAAUUUGCAGUUGGAGGACAUGAGGAACCUGCAGUUUCGAUAGAUUGAAGCUUCCUGGAGCAUAGCUUCCAGUCUGAUCCCCGUGGAUUGGCAAUCCUCAGUCACCUACAUUGGCUGGACUUCCCGGGUAUUGGAAUCUGCCAUUUGUGUGGCUGUGAGUUUCUGUGAUACUGGUGACAAUGUAUUUGGGAGGAAAUGAGGAGCCUGCCUUCUGCCUUUAUUUCCUCCUCGACUGCAGAACACUAGUGAUACUAAUAGUGCCCAGUCACCUGUUGGUUCCCUUCUGAGCAGAAGUAAAGUCCAGUGGAGCCAUGUGGCAGUUGCUUGCUA